AUGAAUAAAGAAACACAAGAAGAUAAGUCUAUAGUCCAUAUUUCACAUCUUAGCAAAUCAUUUACAAAAGGAACGCUUGCAAUACCGGUGCUUUGUGAUAUUUCAUGUAGUAUACAGCAAGGAAGUACUACUAUUGUUACUGGGGAGAGCGGAUCGGGAAAAACAACACUGCUCAGUCUUAUUGCAGGGUUGGACACAGUAGAUAGCGGGGAUGUGUAUAUAGCAGGUCAGGCAAUGCAUUCCCUCAAUGAAAUUCAGCGCGCACAAUUCAGACUGCGUUCCAUCGGCUUUGUAUUUCAAUACCAUUAUCUUGUUUCUGAUCUUAACGCUAUAGAAAAUGUUAUGCUCCCCUUGCUUAUGAAUGGCUAUAAAAAAAACAAGGCGUAUGCAAUGGCAGAGAUUUUACUACAGCACAUAGGUCUUAGCAAAAGACGCUCGCAUUAUCCCACACAACUUUCGGGCGGUGAAUGCCAACGUAUAUCCAUAGCCCGAGCGCUGGUACAUACACCACUUCUCGUAUUGGCUGAUGAACCUACAGGGUCGCUUGAUUCUAAGAAUUCUGCCAUGAUUCGCGAGCUUUUGCAGGACUGCACACAACGUAUACAUGGCACACUUAUUAUCGCAAGUCACGAUCUUCAGUUUCUUCAUAUGUCAGACAUGCAGUGCAAACUUCGCGAUGGAACACUUACAGCACAGAGUCUUCAGAACACACAUAUAUAA